ACUGCAACCGAUGCAGGGGCACAACUGGGACACAAAGAGGCUCAUCCACUGCGCCUGAUGAUGUCCGACCCACGCUACUCCAGUCUCCACUAGAACCCACGGCCGGCCAUGAUUCCUCCACACGAGCACAGAGUGGAGCGGCUAGCUGAUCGUGCUGUGGCUGCUCCGAAUCUCGUUCGUAGCGAUUGUGUAGGGGUCAUGGCACAGGCUGACGGCGCUGCAACGGGGCGUCGUGGAUUCACAUCGCGUGUGCGCCUCGUUGCGCUCGACCUGGUUCUGCUUCUGCUGCUCGCACCCUCUCAUCACCCACUCCUCGCUGCUGCCGCGUGCGCCGCCGCGAUCCCCUCCGCCUCCACGUGCUUCCCCGCGUCCGCCUCUCACCGUGCCCUCUUACAGCCCUUGCGACCAACCGCCGUCGCCGCCGCCGCUCUCCAUAGCUCUUCGCCUGCCAGCCAUUCGUUACCGCUCAGCUAUGCAGUCUCUCCCAGUGGCACAGCGUCGCUCAACAGCACAGCGCCGCUCAACAGCACAGCGUCGCUCAACAGCACAGCGUCGCUCAACGGUGCAGCGUCGCUCAACAGUACUGCGUCGCUCAACAGCACAGCGUCGCUCAACGGUGCAGCGUCGCUCAACAGUACAGCGUCGCUCAACAGUACAGCGUCGCUCAACAGCACAGCGUCGCUCAACAGCACAGUGUCGCUCAACAGUACAGCGUCGCUCAACACCACAGCGCCGCUCAACAGUACAGCGUCGCUCAACAGUACAGCGUCGCUCAACGGUGCAGCGUCGCUCAACAGCACAGCGCCGCUCAACAGUACAGCGUCGCUCAACGGUACAGCGUCGCUCAACGGUACAGCGUCGCUCAACAGUACAGCGUCGCUCAGCGGUGGCGGCGGCAAUGGGCGUGCGUCUAGCAGCGGGCGGGGCGGGCCAGUGGAGAGGGUGGAACAGGCGGCGGAGAGGAUAGCGGGCGCGGUGGGCGAGGCGGGGCAGGUGGUGAAGCAGGUGGUGCAGAUGUACGUGCGCCCCAACGCGCGCCCGCGCAUUCCGCUGGGCCCCACCAUCGUCAAGUGGCUCAAACGCUCGCCCAUCCCCCAACAGGUGCACGUGUCGCUGGCAAGUGUGUCAGGGGGGGCAGUGGCCAUGCGCAUCACGUGGAUCACCACGCAGCCGCGGUGCCUGUCGCUCGUCACGUGGGGGCUGCACCCCAACGCGCUCAACCACUUGUCGCGAGGCACCUCCUCCACCUACCGCUUCCUUUUCUACAGGUCAGGGUUCAUCCACAGCGUGGUGGUGGGGUCGGCGCAGCAGCCUCUGCGCGGGGACACCGUGUACUACUACCGCAUGGGCCGCAAGGGCCGCCGCCGCUCCUUCAAAACGCCGCCCGCUGCUGCUGAUGCCACCAUCACCGUGGCGCUCGUAGGCGACCUGGGUCAGAGUGGGUGGACAGUGAAGACGCUGAAGCACCUGGGCGAGCAGCCGCACGACAUGGUGGUGGUGCCAGGGGACCUGUCGUACGCGGACUUCAACCCGUGGCGCUGGGACAGCUGGAGCGCGCUCAUCGACCCCUAUGCCAGCACGCGCCCCUGGAUGGUGGUGCCGGGCAACCACGACAAGGAGUCGCUCACGCGCUUCAUGCCCCCUUUCCUCGCCUACAGUGCGCGCUGGCCCAUGCCCGCCGCUGCCAGCGGGUCGCCGUCCAACCUCUUCUACUCCUUCGACUCCGCUGGCAUCCACUGGCUCAUGCUCUCCUCCUACUCGCCCUUCCUCCCCGGCUCCAGGCAAUACACCUGGCUCAAGCGGGACUUGAGUGGUGUGAACAGGACGCGCACGCCAUGGCUGGUGGCGGUGGUGCAUGAGCCGUGGUACAGCUCCAACACGCGACACCAGAAUGACGGGCGGCACAUGCGCCUGGCGCUGGAGGGGCUGCUCUUCGCGGCGCGCACCGACAUCCUCUUCUCUGGCCACGUGCAUGCCUAUGAGCGAUCCAAGCGCAUGUACAACGGGCGCGCACACCCCUGUGGCAUGAUCCACGUCACCAUAGGUGAUGGUGGCAACAGAGAAGGCCUCUACACCAGCUACUACAGCAGGCCGGCAUGGUCAGCAUUUAGGGAGGCCUCCUUUGGCCAUGGCCGCCUGCAGGUCCUGGGAGGCAGCAACACAGGGGAGGCGGACUGGUCGUGGCAGCGCAAUGCAGAUGAUGUGGGGGAGACAGCUGACUCUGCGCAUUUCACUAGUCAUGCCAGCAUGCUUGCACCUUCUCAAUGCAGGCCACCCUCAGCACAGGCAUGAGUGAUCGGCUUGCUGCAAACAAUGUCCUGUCCUGAGAGCAAGCUGCAGAUGCAAGCUCAUUGCAUGCGGGCGUGGUUAGUUGGUUAGAUUAAUAACCGACGCUGCACUAGACAAGGAAACAUGCUUCAAGCGAUUUGUAUUGGUGAAUGUUUUAAUUGCAUUUUCAAGCCC